ACAGCAUUCAAUUAUUUCUCUUGCAAUGUUAACAGACCUAGACUGCGUUCGUCUAUACACAUCGCGUCCGAUACAUUCAGCCUCGCGGAGCAUUCGUGUUCUCCAGGUCCACGCACAACCAGAUAAUGCAAAGGAUGACGAUAUUAUUGAAUGCGACCUGUCCGUCGUCGAUCUAGAUGCGCACCCUCAUUUCGCAGCGCUUUCGUAUGUCUGGGGUCCUUUUGCUACUGGGUCCCACCAGCUUUUGUGCGAUGGCGUUCACCUAACCGUCACGGAGAAUUGUCACUCAGCCUUAUAGCAUUUGAGGAAGAAGCUAGGUAGCUUCUCCAUUUGGAUUGAUGCUGUUUGUAUUAAUCAAGAAAACGUAAGAGAGAAAGAGCAGCAGAUACCGCUGAUGGGAGAGAUAUAUGCCAAUGCGCAUGAGGUGUAUAUCUGGCUGGGAAAGGGUAGCUCAGCUACUAAAAGAGCAAUGACAUAUCUGGCCGAGGGAGGCUUGAAG